AUUCUUAACCCUUUUUUCUUCAUGGAUCAGCAUAUUGAAAUCAAACGAACACCUUUACCAAAACCAAAAAAAGAGCCCAUUCUUAUUCCAAAUCCUCCGUUACCAGAAGAAAAUACUUUUAUUGAACCUUACGUACCUAGAAAACGACCUCGUCUGACAGAAGAUCAAUUGAAAUCACAUUCUGUCACUGUGAAUUAUGAUCGUAUUGCCAAUGCUGAUCUAGGUUUAUUUCGACGUGUUCAUCGUCAUUUGGAUAAUGUAACAGAGACCCUUUCACCCAUCAGUACACGAUCCAACAAUAGUUUUUCUCGUUUUGAUCGUAUCUUUGAUAUGGACACCUUUAAAUCUAAAUCACAUAGUGUAGUAUCAUCACUCAGAGACCAUAGUCUAAGAGAUGAUAUAUCUGAAGUCACUAAAAGUGAGACUAGUAAAAGUGAAGCAAGCAUGCUGAAUCGAUUAAAGACAAUGCAAGAGAGAAUAACCGUAUUUGAACGACCACAAUCAUCCUUUACUCAGCGACUGGAAGAACACCAAACUACAAAACCACCACCUUCAUCAAUAGAAAGACCAUUAGAGCCUCUUUUAGAAGAACCAGUAGCGUAUGAACAACAACAAGACACACAUACUAGCAUGGAUAAUAACCUGUCACCUUCCAAACCAUCAUCGCCUGCAUUAUCAGCCAAAGGAAAAGAGAAAGAAGAUGUACUACAAGCAUUUGCCAAUAUAGAAUUCAAUGAUUAUGGAGGGGGAGAUAAUGAUCUUGUUGAUGAUGACCAAAAAGAAGAAGAAGUAUCCAGUCUGGACCUAAGUACUGAAUUAGAGUCUAUGCUACCAUUCAACAGAGUCAAUGCAGGCAAUUGUCUUAGUAGGAAAUUGGUACAAGCUCCUUAUGAUGCUAGAUUCUUUCAUGAUACGUAUGGGCCUAGUAUGCUUACUAACAAGGAAAUUGGCAAGUUGUUCAAGAACAGGCUUGAUCCAUCCAAGAAGAUACGUAGUACUUGUGAACGUCGUAUUUUUACAAAAAUUGUUGAUCUUUUCUUUGAACAAGUCAGACAAGAUUUAUCAGCCUAUAAACAAAAUCAACCAGCCUAUCUUCAAGAUACAAUUCAAGAAAAUGAUGUCAUUUUAUUAAUGAAAAGGUAACAAAGCAUAAGUUUUCAAUGACUGAUAUCAUUAGGCAGCGACUCUUGAAUUCAACUACCAACAUUCAGUCUUUAGCAAACAAAUAUCUAUCCAAAACGUAUGCUAAUCGAAUGAGUCAAUCUGUAGCUGCUUUUAAUCGACUUAGACCAGCAGAUAGCAUUGAAUAUGACAUACAAACUCAUUUUACUCAAUUUGAACUGGAUGAUGAUUAAACUGGUUUAUUUCUUUUCGCCUUUUGAAUGAAGAAAAAGCAGUGGUUUGAAUGUAAUGAGUGUAUGAUUUUGGCUGUAAUUCCUUGUUUAUGGUGUGGUUUAUCAUCGUAUAAUUCAAUUGCAAACUGAGAAUCGUCCCAUCUUUUUCUACUUGGAUUUGUUUCUUGUAAAGAUUGUUGAAGUGUCAUAAAGAAGAAAGAAAGAAAGAUAUUCUCCCUCGUGA